UGUAACCGGGCCGCACCGCUGCCUCUUGCCGCUCGCUCUCUCCCCACGCCAAAAUGCCGCUUAUCAGCGUCCCCAAAGAAGUGGCCGUCGGGACGGCGAUGCUGGGGGUCGCCUUUGCCACGGGUGUGCUCGCAGGUAAAAGAUACCCUUCUUUCAUUUUUGGGACCCCGAGUGGUAUGAUUAGGAAAAACAGUCCUCUCCAGCAAUACAUACUGGAUCACUCAUUGCGGGAACAUCCAAUUCUAAAGAAGCUGCGUCUGCUCACUGCUGAUCAUCCCUGGGGCAGAAUGAUGGUGUCCUGUGAGCAGGCUCAGCUUAUGGCAAAUUUGGUCAAACUCAUUAAAGCCAAGAAAGUUAUUGAAAUAGGUGUUUUCACAGGUUAUAAUGCCUUGAAUAUGGCACUUGUCCUGCCAGAUAAUGGCCGAGUUAUUGCCUGUGAUAUAAAUGAGGACUAUGCCAAAAUUGGAAGGCCACUGUGGAAGGAGGCAGGAGUAGAGCAUAAAAUUGACCUGCGGAUUAAGCCAGCAAUUCAAACACUUGAUGAACUGUUGGCCAAUGGAGAAGCGGAAACCUUUGACUUUGCUUUCAUUGAUGCCGAUAAAGAAAACUACAAUGAGUACUAUGAAAAAUGCUUGCGCCUUAUAAAGAAAGGGGGAAUAAUAGCUAUUGAUAAUGUCUUUUGGAAUGGAAAGGUGCUAAAACCAAGGAAGGAUGACUUGGCAGCGCAGAGUAUCCACCACCUCAAUGAGAAGCUUCUCAGAGAUGCACGUGUCAAUAUCAGCAUGCUCCCAGUGGGGGAUGGAGUCACAUUAGCAUUCAAAUUGUAACUCAAGGAAGACCAGCAGAUGGGAAAUAGCAAGCAGCAUCAAAUCAUCAGGAAAAAUGUAGGUGGAACAGCAUCAAAAAUUUCAUUUAACCUAUAUCUCCGCUGGAUAGCAUAGCCUGGGAAAGUAAACUUUAGCAACAGCAGGAUCCUAAAGGCAGCUAAGCAGAGAAGAGAGAUUUAUUGAGAUCUACUAUGGUUUCUUACUUUAAUUGUAAUAAAGAAAAUAAACUUACAUUAAAUUGUCCUUGUAAGACAGUGGUUGAAAAAAUCCCCCUCUAUAGAUUGUCUAAAUGACUCAAUACAACGAAGUAAUUUUCUGUCCUAGAAGAACCUCUUGAGUAGUGGAAUAAUCAGUCAGCACCAUCAAAAGGAAAAGAAGUGCAGUUUACUAGUGUUUAUGGCCAUAAGAGAAAAAUGGAUUUUUAAUGAAAUGACAUCAGGGAGAUUGCUAGCCUUCUCAGACUAAAAAUAUUGUAAGUCAUUCCUUAUCUUUAAAGGUUACUACAGAACAAGCCUCAAAAAGGCAUCAUGUGAAAAAAACGUUCUUUUUAAAAGCUUACUAAAGGACAAACAGUAUUUGCAAAUACAGUAACUGUAUUCUCUAAAACUUUUGUGCACAAGGACUGGAUUUCUUUAACCUAGGUAACAAUCCAGGUAGAUUUCUUUUUUUUUUUUUAAAGUCAGAAUGAGGAAAAGUAAAUGGGCAAGAAGUAAACCAAAACAAUUCUCCCUCUUUCCUGUGUCCCUCCCCUUACUCCCUCAAAGAAGCAACUUGCUAGUUGCUUGUUUCCUAGAAAGUUGCAAGCACAGAGUAUUGGUGCCAAGCCUAUAGAAGGAUUAUGAUUGUAUGAGGAUGCAAUACAGCUGUUAACUGGCUGUUCAAAUUAUUAUUGCAAGCAGAGAUUCCCUUCCCUAGGCAGCAGAGAGCAAAAUUUCAGGCUGCAAUUCUUUAUUACAGAUAAAAAUUGAUUAAGUAAGAAACUGAAAGUAGGUUUUGUUGAUGACCUGAAGGAAAGCUGUUAUCAGAGCUAAGAGAAUCCUUUGUCCAUUUGCUUAAACAAUGCACUUGAAUGACUCGAGCCACUGGGGGACAAAGGUUUCAAGUCUCAGAAUGUUUAAAACUGUCUGCUUGGCUUGUACUUUUGAAAUUUCAGCUGGGUGGCUUGGGUUCUGGUAAGGGGCAGAAGUUCAGAGCAGAAGUUCAGGCUCUUUCCUGUCACAGACACUGACACAGACACUGCAGUGUAGAGAAAUGAAGAAAGGAAGCACUGCCUGAUGGCUUCAGAGUAGGGUUAUGACUGAGGAGAUCUCAAUUCUAUUUCUGUCACUUCCACUUAAAACACUGAUUCAGCAAAGCAUAUCAAGAUGUGCUUAAGUACUUUGCUGAAUUGAGGACUGACUGCUAAAUCCAAGUCUGGGAGAAGGCCAGGACAAGAUGUGUGUUGCCCUUAAAUGAGAAUUUACAUAGGGCAUAAAGUUUGCUUAAUUUUUCUGAGUACAGAUUUACCCUCGGAGCUUCAAACCUCUGCACUCCUCAAAUUUCUUCUCUGCAUAAAAGAAAUAACACCUUAUUAAAUUCUUAGUGACUAUAACAGCUUUCAGAUGGAGUGGCUAAGGGAGUGUACAGGAUUAUUACGCAUUUGCAUGCAGAGCUUCUGGCCGUGUUCUACUUUACAAUUUUACUUUGUCGGUAGAUACCAAAAGAAUCCUAAGGGUUAAAAACAUUAAAUGGGACACUUUAACAGCAGGGGCAUCUUCUCAAAUAUUCCUGCUUUCAGAGGCUAGAGGCUGAUAAACAUGAGCAAGACAGCAGCUGUUAAGAAUACUUACCCUGCCCUAAAAGUACCAUGAUGGCCUUUGCCAAACAUAGAGAAGCCAUUGGAAAAUUAACCACAGACUCUGCAACUGUUUUACAAUUUUCCAAGUUGCAAGAAUCCUAUCAAUGAAGGUGAGCCAAAAAUGGGCAAGCAUCAUGAGUAUUUUUGCAAGAAACUGUCAAGUAAGAGUUUAGCAACAUUUAAAACCAGAUGCAAGCGCUCAUAGUUGAUGAAAUCAAAACCAACAAUUCUUUCUGUAGUGGGUACUGGCAAAGUCCCCAUUACUUAUGCUAGAGGAAAAUCUAUCAAGUGCCUGAGGCUGAAGCCAUGUGCAGCCCCUAGCUAGCAUUUUGCCGUUGCUUUGGACUCUGUUCCAUUUUAAAUAUGCAGAUCAUAAUGUGAGUAUUUCAUCAAACCUGUCUCCAUCCUGAUCACCUAAUUACCAUUAGAAAGAAUAGCAAUGUGUCCCUAAACUAUAGAUUGAUGAGCCAUCUGUAAGUGGAAACAAAGAGCAGAAGGAAGCUUAAUUGAAUCAAAUAUUUAGAAUGCAUUACUCUAUCUUGUAGUUACUCAGAAACUGGCCUUCUCUUCAGGCUUCUGUCCUGCACAUCUGGAAUUUAUCACCACUAACUGCAUUUAAUCCUUCAACCUUACCAUGAAGUGACUGCUGAUAAUAUAUAAUUAUGGUUUAAUUCAAGUGGUGAAUCAGCGAUGGGGAAUUUGUGGGGGCAAUGGGAAUUCAGACUUCCAUUAGCUGAUGAGAAUGGACCACCCAAUAUCACAAUGCAAGCCUUUGUCUCUUUCUAAUGGAGAUGCCAUGUCUGGAAGCUUGUGGGUCUGCUGUGUCUGCUCACCUCUCUCAGGUAAUACACCUGCCUGAGCUACUGCUCACACUAUAGAGGCUCAGGAUUUUCUGCCAAUGGAGAGGAGCUGAUCCAGGGGCACAGCUGUUGCCCAAACCUUCACAGCCAGCUGUCCCUGCAACACUGACAUUUCUUCUGCUUGCAGGGGGGGACCACAGAGGGGCCAACACAGGUGACAAAUGUACAGCUGGGACUUGCUCAGAAGCAAAUGGGGCUGAAGGAUGGGUCAUGAAACAAAAAACAAUAACAACAACAACAAAAUAAUUCCCCCUAAUGUGGUAACUUCCAGAAGCCACCAUGAGAAUAAAAGCAUGUAAUUCUGACUGCUGGUUAGGUAUCUGAGUCUCUGCUCCAAAGAUAUCACAUUCAAAAUGUGGUAUGUAUGGUAUGAUAUUUACAUGGGUGACAGGGAAGGGAACAGAAGACUUUUAAAGAGUAAACUUUGCAUCUCUACUAGCUAAUUAAAUGAUCAGGACUGAGACUGGAUGCUGAGAAAUCUAGAGAGAAGGCUGCCCCCAAAAAAACAGCUUAUUGUCCAAGGAUAGACACAGGGCUCAAGGCUCAGUUCUGCAUUUUCAAUGCUGCAGCUUUUAAUCCCACUGGAAGACUGGGGGGGUGGGGUGAAGCAGGGAGUAUCCUCAGUCUCUCAUGCUACUAAAGAAAGUAAUGGCCUCAGGAAAAACUGGGCUACUGAGUGUUACAUGACUUACAGGCAUUUGUUGAACCUCUGACACUGCUGUCACUCUUUCUUUUAACAAACUCAAGUGUUUUUAAUAUAUUUUAAUUCAGUCACCUUGCACACAGACAGCACUUUCUGUGAAUUGCUACUCAUGGAAGACAACUGGCAAACUUGUGACAAAGCCCUUAGGAUACAGGGAAAGGAACAUGAAUAUAAACUUCAUCUCAACCCUUCCUUUGAGGCAUGAGCAGUUCUCAGAAAACUUGCAGCUCAGAUCUGAGGGAUAUGCCAUAUCUCAAGCACUUCAGUCUUGAUACUGGAGUGGUAACAGCAGCAAGUGCCAUAACUGGCUCAUUUUUGAUGAUGUAGUAGCAUGCAGUUGGCUGCAUCCCUGGUUAUGUUCUGUUUACCACUUGAAGAAACCAAUCCUAAGUGGUCACAAUGGGAGUAAAAAAGCUAAGAGAUCAGUACUGUUUAAAGAGAUUUUUCUCCUUGUGUGCUGGGUUGGGCUGAAGGAGAGUUAAUUCUUUUCACAGCAGCUAGUACAGGGCUAUGUUUUGGGUUUGUGCUGGAAACACUGUAGAUGUUCCCCUCACUCCACCGCACCAAGGAACAGGCUGGGGAUGCAUGAAAAAUUGGGAGGAGGGAGAGCCAUCUGACCUAGACUGACCAAAGGGAUAUGACAUGGCAUCAUGCUCAGCAUAUAAAAUGG